UCAGGAGUGGAAUUUCACUUCCUGGAUCUCUCAGGUGAGUCACCUGCGUAAUGUCGUCGAUUGCAGAGCUGUUUGUCGACAUCAAACAGGUUAAUCUCUUGUGAGAGUUCCAGAGUUGUGAAGUAUCAGACCAGUGUGGGGGAGCUCUGUGGAGGCAGGUCAGUGAAACCAGGGGGGACUUUUACGCACCACUUCACUGAGAGGUGAGAAGGAACCGAGUGUCUCUGUUUGCUCCUUUGCGGCCUAAAGAUCGCUUUAAAUAGUUUUUUUUUUAUUUAAACUGUAAUUUAUAUCUUCACUUUCUACUCCUUUCACCGUCGUUCCAGUUGACUUAACUGCGUGCAAAUCCUCACGGGACUCCAAAAUGAACGCAUUCAUUAAAGGACAGUCGCUCCUGCUCCUCGUAGUUUUUCUCAACUCCGCGGCGGCUCAGGAUUUCGGUGAAAACUGUUUCAAUAAAUUCAAGAAAGGUCGGGACAAUUUUGUGCUCGAUGCCGACGAAUCAGUGAAAGACGGAGCCACGUUUCUGUCGUCGCCGAAACUGGACCGAGACCGGGACUGCGUACAAGCCUGCUGCAAGGACACCAGGUGCAACGUCGCCUUCAUGGAGAAGGGAGAAGAGGAGGGCUCGGUCAAGUCCUGCUUUCUGUUUGACUGUCUGUACAAAAAGAAAUACGCCUGUCGCUUUGUCAGGAAGAGAGGAUACACCAGCAACAUCCUGGAUUCCGUCUAUGAGAGUUACCUGAAUGUGGAUGCUGCCCCAGAUGAUUCUGACCGUCCACCUGUGGCCGACGGAGGCCCAGACCGGGUGGUCCAGCCACAGGACAGCGUGUCGCUGAACGGCAUCCAGAGCAAAGACGACAAGGAGAUCGCAUCCUACAAUUGGCAAAUGCUCACCGAGUAUCCUCACGCUAUCAUUAGGUCGACCAACUUUCCCGACCAGAUCAUUGUUUCCAAUCUGACGUCUGGGGUGUACAAGUUCAAGCUGACUGUCACGGACUCCAUCGGUCAGUCAGACUCCACCCACAUCACCGUCCUGGUCCUCACUCCUGAGCAGUCUGAGCAUCACUGUAUGGCUCCGAAGAAGAUCGGCCCGUGUCGAGGUUCCUUCCCUCGCUGGCAUUACAACGCUGCUUCGGAGAAGUGCGAGGAGUUCAUGUUCGGGGGCUGCAGGGAGAAUCUCAACAACUAUCUCUCCAAGGAUGAGUGCUCCAACGCCUGCCAUAGCUCAGAGAAAGGUGCUGUAGCUGGGAGAGGUUUGCCUAUUCCUACGCCUCAAGGUGAAAAAUGUGGCACCCCAUGUAACCCGAAGCAGUUCAAAUGCGCUAACGGCUGCUGUCUGGAUCCAGGACUGGAGUGCGAUUCUACCCCGCAAUGUAGCGACGGCUCAGAUGAACAAAACUGCGUUGACUUGGACAACAAGUUUGAGAUCCUGCGGCAGAUUCCGGUGGACGAACAAAAAGUGCGCUGCACGGAGCUUCCCGACACCGGAAACUGCAGAGACAGCUUCACCAAGUGGUACUACAACCCCGUCCAGCAGAGCUGCUUGCGCUUCAACUACGGUGGCUGCCAGGGAAAUGACAACAGAUUUGAAUCCAAGGAGUCCUGUAUGAAAACUUGCCGUGGAGUAACAGAAAAGGACGUGUUUGCAAGAAGGGAGGAGUUUGAACGCAGGGAGUCUGAAAGCCAGAUAGGCACUUACGUGGCAGCGGCCCUCCUGGGUUUGGGUGUCGUCAUCCUGCUGGGCAUUCUGGUUUACUGCCUAACGAAGGGAAAGAAGACUCAACAGCACCACCGCGUGCCCGUCAACAACGCCCCUGUUACCUCGAUAGAAGACAGAGAGCGUCUGGUCUACAACAGCACCACUAAGCCCAUCUGACCCCCCAAGUCCUCACCUCUGACCCCCCACCCCGGUAGCAAGUGGCGCUGAUGGUUGGCUCUGUGUCAUACACCGAACAAACUCAGAUUGACGAGAGAGGAAACGUGUCCGUUGGCUAAGUUUGAGUGCUGCAGGAGACCCUGUUUUUAUUUUCUCUGUAUAUUGAUGUGUUUUGAGGGUGUUGUACAAAGAAGGCAGAACGCCUUCAACUGAUAAAAUGUGAUAUCUAAUUAGAUUUUUAACUUGUUGUUUUUAAUGCAGUAGCCUCUUAAAAUGAGUCGUUAGAUAACGGUUUGUGCUCAGGUUAAAAGGGAAGGAUUUCCAUUAGUGUGGUGACAGAAUAUCUUUCCAUUUAAAUGUAUAGAUGUUACCGACUUGUCUACACAUUCCUGCUUAAGUGAUCUCAUAGUUGUCAAUGAAAAGCUUUUUUUUUUUCUCAUAACCAAACUCUGGGAAACUUAUGAAUUGUCCUGGUGAUCCUUCGCCAUCCUGAGGUCCUGCCACACCAGCUUCUUUCGAUCUGUUUCUAAUCUGUUUUAUACACUGUUGUUACAUACUUCACUGGAUUCCACAUACAGGCCCGAUGUUGUACAUAAUCAUAGAACUUAAAGUAAUAUUUUACUUGAAGGUUAUUUUGUUGGUUGAUUUAGUUGUUUUUUGUUUUUUGAAAAUGUGUUUUUGGAACAAGCAUUAUUCAUAUAUCAACAAAAAUGCUUACUCACCCUUGCUGUUGAACAUUCAACAUUUUAAACUCAGCAAAACAAUUGUACAUAUGACCUGAUAUAGGUUUCUCUUAGCUUUAACAGUAUCAUGAUGUUCAUACUAAAUAAAAAUGUUACCUCACGUUCA